AGCAAAUCAUGAGCUAUUGUUGCAGUAUUUUUGGAGCACAAGGAAAUGGAUAUCUACAACUUGCCAUUCCUGAUCUGCCUCAGCAUGAGUGUCAGGGGCAUCUUUCUGAUAACAAGAAAGUUAUUAGCUAUUUCAUUGCUAAUCCUCCCAAAUAUGACCCAGAUGUGAUAGAAUUCAAAGGAGAUGGAUCUUAUUCUGAAAAGACUGAGAUCUUCAGAAAAGUCUCGAAGAUCUCUCAAAAGAAUCUAGAGAAAGAUCUUGAAUUCAUCUGAAAUAAACCUUCAUUCAAAGAAUCUUUUACAAAGAAAGGAAAUGUAUCUUUGGCUCAAGUUUCUCAACAAGCCGAAGAAGAUAAAAGAAACCCAAUGCAGCUAAAGUUGAAACCAAAAUACGCCGGAAGCUUGGCUACUCUUCAAUUCCGAAAUCCUACAGAUUCCUUCUCUACAAGAUGUGAUGUGGUAUACAAGACUCUUCUUAGAGACUGUAGAAGAUACUUCUAUGAUUGCUUCCAAAUGAAGACGAUGAGGAAGAAUAAAAGAGUCUACCACCUUAGCAAGACUUUAGCUGUCUUUGUUGAUAAAAAGUUUGAUUCUCCAAACUUUACAGAAGAGUUUAGAAGACAGAUCGAAUUUUGUCUUGGAUGCUUGGUGUAUCCGAAGGAGAUGACAAACUCGAAGGUUGCCAUAUAUGGUGAAGAAGGCCAGGUUAUAAAAGGUCAAGAAAGAGCAAAGAAGCUCAGGAAGGUGAAAGAGCUUCAUUCAUACUUGUACAAUUUUAGUAUGGAUAAAUGUGAGAAGUUCUUCAAAAAUCCUUACCUUUCGGCGAUUUUUGAAGAAUACCUAAAAUCCUUUACAGAAAGAGCGACUCAAAUCGAGACUAUCAGGAAGAAUUAUGAGAUUUAUCAGGCUGCAGUUGGGCUGAUCAGAAACCUCCUUGAAUACUACAAGUCUAAUAAUUGAUAA